AUGCAAAGCCACUUGCUACGUUCUGUAACAUUCCGACUUUGCCGAAUCAUCUCUGCGUACCCAGAUAUCCUCGCUCGGGAAUCUUUUGCUCCUCUUUUCCGAUAUCAGCUGAAGCCAAAGGAUAAGUCGCUGCCAAGAAAAAUGGCUACCGCGGAGAGUUUUGGUUGGUAUGGUCUGGGGUCCAUGGGCAUCGGCAUGGCAUUGAACCUCCAGGGUCACCUCGCAGCCAAUGGUCUGCCACCUCUUCGGUACAGCAACCGAACGCUCUCCCGAGGCGACGCCCUACGAGAGGUCGGCGGAUUGCCAGAAAGAGACUUUGAGACGCUGGUGCUCAAGUCCACAAUCAUUUUCACAAUGAUUUCCAACGAUGAUGUUCUGGAAAGCCUAAUCUCCAAAGCUUUGAACAGCUGGAGCGGUGCUUUGCUAGAGGGCAAGAUCUUCAUGGACGCUUCAACUGUUCAUCCCGAUACCAGCGCGAGAUGUUCCGAACGGCUGGCUAAAGCAGGUGCAAUGUUCAUAUCCUCGCCCGUCUUUGGCGCCAGUCCAAUGGCAGCUGCCGGCAAGCUUAUCUUCGCUAUGGCUGGACCCUCAACCGCCGUGGAGAGGGUACGACCAUACAUUAUUGAUGUCAUGGGUCGAAGUAUCAUCGACAUGGGCGAAGAUGUGCGCAAGUCAAGCCUGCUCAAGAUAUCUGGAAACAUCUUCGUCAUUGGUUUCCAGGAACUGACUGCAGAGGCACAAGUAUUUGCGGAGAAAACGGGACUGGGGACCCGCCAGAUGGAACAGUUCAUCAGCGAUAUGUACGGCCCGGUCAUCGAGAGCUACUCGAAGCGAAUGACGACAGGCGCUUACGCACCGCCUUUGGGAACCGCCCCGGGAUUUUCUGUGACCUUGGCUACUAAAGACGCCGGGCACGCGAUCAAGAUAGCUAAGGAGAACGGGACACGAAUUCCAACCAUCGAGACGGCCUUGUCUCGUAUGGAGGCUGCUCAAAAGUAUGCUGGAGAUUCUCUUGACAGCUCUUCAGUCUACGGGGCCGCUCGGCUCGAGGCUGGACUGCCGUUCUGGAACGAAAAUAGCAGACAGUCAAAUUGA